UCAAGACUCCGAUUUUGCCCCCACACAUUAAUUAAGAAAGUGUUCGUUUAUUUGCAACACUGCUUUUGCCCUUUUGGUUUACGGUUGCUGUUUUUCGAGAUGCAAGCUCACUCUUUGAUUAUCCUUGAACUUUUAAUAACUGUGGAUUCGUCGCUUUGGUCCAAAAUAGGUUAUUUAAUGCAAAAUGCGGAUAUCAAGAUCUGAAGUUCAACCUACUCUAAGAAAAGUAGUCUAAACGUUUCAAAUGAUGGCUGUUGAUCCAGUCAUUAUUUCAAACUAAUGUUUUUUACGCGCGACUCCGAGGAAGAGAGUCCAAAUUAAGUUGUGAAAAUGAGACAUAUGGACCUUAAGAUCUCAGACCCUUUACAUAACCCCCUAGUGCAAUAUUAAUUUUACUCUCUUAAUCGCGUGCAAUUAUUUGGACAUGGGACAAUGGAUACUUUAAGAAUUGCAGUAAAUGGUGUUUCUUAUACCGAGGCAGCAGAGAUCUACAAACCACAUGCUGAUCCGUUCACUGGUCCAAUAACAAAUCUUGCACCUUGGAAUUUCGCAGUUUUGGCUACCUUGAUGUUUGUUAUAACAUCUCUGUCUCUCUUUGAAAAUUUCACUGUUAUGUUGGCCACAUACAAGUUCAAACAGCUGAGACAGCCCUUAAAUUAUAUCAUAGUUAAUUUAUCUCUCGCUGAUUUCCUUGUGUCACUCACCGGUGGAACAAUAAGUUUUCUAACAAACGCCAAAGGGUAUUUUUUCCUUGGAAAUUGGGCUUGCGUUUUGGAAGGUUUUGCUGUCACCUAUUUCGGGAUUGUGGCUAUGUGGUCCCUGGCGGUCCUGUCCUUCGAGCGCUACUUUGUGAUCUGCCGGCCUCUAGGGAACGUCCGUCUGAGGGGGAAGCAUGCAGCACUGGGCCUGCUGUUCGUCUGGACCUUCUCCUUCAUCUGGACUAUCCCUCCUGUGUUCGGCUGGUGCAGCUACACUGUCAGCAAGAUUGGCACCACCUGCGAGCCCAACUGGUACUCCAACAACAUUUGGAAUCACACCUACAUCAUCACCUUCUUUGUGACCUGCUUCAUAAUGCCCUUGGGGGUGAUCAUCUACUGCUAUGGGAAGCUCCUACAGAAGCUGAGGAAGGUGUCCCGUGGCAGGCUGGGUAACGCCAAGAAACCGGAGCGUCAGGUGAGCCGCAUGGUGGUGGUGAUGAUCGUUGCUUACCUGGUGGGCUGGACACCCUACGCAGCCUUUUCCAUCAUUGUCACAGCCUGUCCCACCAUCUACCUGGACCCGAGACUGGCUGCCGCACCCGCUUUCUUCUCCAAGACGGCUGCAGUCUACAACCCAGUCAUCUACGUCUUCAUGAACAAACAGUUCAGGAAGUGCCUGAUCCAGCUCUUUACCGGCAAGCCUGUGCCAGAGAACAUGAACACGACAUCGCAGCGACCGGGAAUGACGGGGGAGAGCUGCACGGGGGGCGAGAUGUCAGCCAUUGCUGCCCGCAUCCCGGUCUGCGGCAACGCUCAGCCUAAGAAUGAGGAGGCGUCCCCCAGCGAGUGCAGUUCCUUCGCCCAGCUGCCGAUCCCAGAGAACAAAGUCUGCCCCAUGUAGGCCAACAGAAGACUCCCACCUCCAGUCCUCACUGCCUUUCCAUCCUCCCCUUCCAUUCUUAUACAGAUGCAUCUUCUCUAACCCACCAACUUCUUGUGAUAUUUGUUAGUUUAAAGAUGCCAGGUGUAACCACAAGGGUUCUCUGGUUAACUUCUUAUGUAUUAGUAAAAAUAGAGGGAACUUGUCUGAAACAAGCACAAAAGAGGGACGUAAUACUUUAAUCUAUGGCAAGCAGACAGAAUACCCUGCCUGCCUCUCUCUGCUGGCUUUCAUCUGAGGCUAAGCAGGGUCAGACCUGGUUGAUGUCUGGGUAGGAGACCAGAUGCUGUUGGAAGUGGUGUUAGAGGGCAUUCUUCCCGCCUCAAUACCUUAGGGCUGUAAUGGGGACACUGCCAUCCAAAGGGUGCCCUUAAAACAAGGUCCUGACUCUCAUACAAUCAUGGCCACCUAAUCCUCCCCUGUUAGCCCCCUCCCCACUACAAUACAAGAUUCUUUCAGCACGAAAACCGCUAUUUACAUUUACAUUUACGUCAUUUAGCAGACGCUCUUAUCCAGAGCGACUUAUUGUUACUUUUUUUUUU